AUGUCAGAUGAGCUAGAGCGCAUCUUCUCAAGCGCUAGCUUGAUGACGACACCUCACCGAGGACGACUGUCUGCACGAGCAAUUGGAGAGGCUCAAUGUGUCAAAAGUUGGCUCAAAACCGGCAUUGUAACCAGCCUCGAAGGGACCUUUGAGAACAUCGAUCUAGUACUGGUCUGGAUCUACCAGAUCUGCCAAGCGAUCUGGUCCAGUAGGAUCUACCAGACCAGAUCCGAGGUCGGAUCUGGUCUGGUCUAUCCAGUACCUUCUCUGCCCCUAAUCCUCCACGCCCAUGCAACAGGACCAAAUCCUUACAAAGUCGCCGCGGUCCUUGAAGCACUUGACCUCCCUUACAAAGUCAAAGUCUGGACCUUCGCAUCCGACUCCCACGGCGUCAAGGGCUCUGAGUUCCUCGCCAUCAACCCCAAUGGCCGUGUCCCCGCUCUCCACGACCCAAACACCAACAUUACCAGCUGGGAAAGCAUGGCUUGUAUCAACUACCUUCUUCGCAACUAUGACACCGAUAACAAACUUGGUGCUUCCAACGAGGCCGGCAGAGUGGAAAUUGAUCAAUGGACUAGCUUCUUGAUCAGCACCAUGGGGCCGAUGAUUGGACAAUGUAAUUGGUUCCGCCAUUACAAUGCAGUCAAGAAUGAUGAUGCGUACAAGCGGUAUGAAGCUCAGGCUUACAGGUGUUUUGUGGUCCUGGAGAAUCAAUUGAAGUCUCAUGAGGGUGGUUGGGUCAUUGCGGGCGAGAAUCACAGCGUCGUGGACUUGCACUUUGAGCCUUGGAUCCGUCAGUGUGGAUAUGCUGGUUUGAGUCUGGAUGAAUACCCCAAAGUCAAGUCGUGGCUGGAGAGGGUACAGGGGCUUCCAGAGAUUGUCAAGGCGUACGAGAUGGUCAAGGCUGGAGAGGAAGUGUAG